AUGGAAAAAUUCCAAGCCUUGUAUAAAUGUGUCAUUCUUCUUGCACUGGUUUCUUUCCAUGAAGCUCUGGUAAUUCAAGGAAGGAAAAUAAAGUCAACAAAGCAAAAGCAGUACAUGAGAAGCCCUAGAGAUCUGCAUGGCUCUAGCGGGGAAACGAGAAAACGAGGCAGCGAAUCGGCCACCAUGAUCAAAUCCUUUGACAGCGCCGCACCGCAUGUUCAAUAUGAACCAAAAACAACAUACGCAAGUCACAUUCCUAGUACUGUCGAUCAAUCUGUGACAAGCAAGAAAGAAGCUUCUGUCCCGCCCAUGAAACCAAAUUACAGCUUUGGCUUCCGCGACUCAGAUGCGGCGCAUAAUAAAGAUGAUUUCCGACCGACAGCACCUGGCAAUAGCCCUGGGGUUGGCCAUUCAUUCCAAAACCAGGAAGCGGAUGUUGAAUCAAAGGCACUAGCUAAGGGCAAGGGUGUCAGGCCUUCUCUUACAGGAUUCAAAGAUAAUUACCGGCCCACAGUACCCGGACUGUGA